AUGAGUACUACAUCCCGCUCGUCAGCACUAGAGGUCAACGAAGAUCGCACUCGAUUUGUUCCCCCUCACGUCGGCCGUUAUGUCCUACCCAAUAGCCCGCUAUUCGCAAAGCUCCUCAGACACGCCCGUCGCAGCCGUCUAGCCAUCCGAGACAAUGUUCUCAAACUCGAAAAAUCCUACGGAGAUCUUUUGGUAGACGUUUUAUCUUAUCGAGGGUUUUUGGAAUCAUCUCUGGGCAGCACCGUCCUGGAGCGCCUUGAUAGGGAAGAGGAGGUGUACAUAGGUGUGCUUGCCGCAGGUGGCUAUGAAUUUGCCGUCGCUAUCCUCGCAGUGCACAGCCUCGGGGCAGCAGCAGUGCCGAUGACACCCAAAAACCCCGUUGAAGAAGCUGCCUACUUUGUCCAGAAAGCUCGACAGGUCGCUAUAAUUCAUUCGUCCGCCGCAGGAAAGCUCGCCCACUCAGUGAAGGACUAUGUCAACCACCAAGGCGUAAAUAUCCAGUGUUUCGAGGUUCUACCUCAUCUUUCAAAGGAAGCUUCCAUCUCUCCCUAUGAUCUGACUAUAUCCUCUACUAAAACUCUCGACGGCAAUUCUCCUGGGGUUGUCAUCUUUACAUCCGGUACAACGGGAAAGUCAAAGGGCGCGGUCAUGCGUCGCUCUUAUACCUAUGAGACUGCUACCGCCAUUGGUGACGGCUAUGACAUCGUUCCUUCCGAUGUUAUUCUGCAUGUUCUCCCGGUACAUCAUACAACAGGCCUUGGGACAUCCUUCUUUCCAUUUUUGAACUAUGGCGCAUGUAUCGAGUUUCAGACUGACAGUUUCGACCCGGCCUGGGCUUGGAACCGAUGGAAACAGGGUGGAAUUACCGUUUUCUCCGGGGUGCCCACUAUAUACAUGAGGAUGAAAUGGUACUUUGAGAACCAUAUCGCGUCUCUUCCUGCAACUGAGAAGCAAGAGUAUGUCACUGGAGCCAAUCAAAUCCGGGCAUUACUCUGUGGAUCUAGCGCGCUAGUUGACUCUGUUCAGAACUUCUGGACAAGUUUGCGGGGGCGACCAAUUCUGGCUCGAUAUGGUGCAUCAGAGUUCCCUGGUUGUAUUAAAAUCGGUGCCGAGCUUGAUCCCCAUCUGCCAGCGGGGUCGGUUGGCACAGCUAUUCCAGGUGUGGACCUAAAGCUCAGCGAGGGGGACCAUGGUGAACUUCUUGUGAAAACCCCCUGGAUGUUUUCCAAAUACCUUUACGAUCACGAGGCCACAUGCGCAGCUCAUGAUUCCGAUGGGUAUUUUAAGACUGGGGAUAUAGCCCGACGCGAGGGACGCUACUAUUUUAUUGUGGGCCGGGCGAGUGUCGAUAUCAUCAAGUCUGGUGGCUAUAAAAUUUCAGCUCUUGAGGUCGAGCGUGAGAUCUUGGAGUUGUCUUAUAUAGCGGAAGCUACAGUUGUCGGGGUGGAAGAUGAGGAAUUUGGUCAGAGAGUUGCUGCCGCUAUUCUUCUGGAUUCACACCAAGCUAGAUCUGGGGGCUUGGGGGCAACACUCACCAUUGACCAGCUCAGAGCAGACCUAAGGAAAAAGCUUCCGGGAUACAAGCUGCCGACCUUGCUGCGGGUGGUCGAUAGUGAGCUUCCCAAGGGACCCACAGGCAAGAUUCAAAAGAAGAUACUGGGACCAAAGCUUUUCCCGGUACCGGGCUGGAUGGAGGUCCCAGAGGUUCAACUAAGCGGGCGGAGUCAGAAGGAGAGAGCGAAGUUGUAA